AUGCGGGUGCAUUCUGCACCAGCGGCUAUGCCGACACACGAUCUGCUUAUGCCAUCUGGUCUAAGGUGCGAGAAGGCUAAGCUACGCCCUCUGCAAGUACCACAAAUAGGUAUAGCAUAUACGUGGGAAAAAAAUUCCGGUCACGGAAUAUCUACAGGAUUUUAA